AGGGAAUGAUGAAGAGAGGGAGAGCGAUGAGGUACACUUGGCUGAAGGACUCCAGUCGAAUGAGUAGGGACUUUAAAGAGUUGGUUCGGGGAGAAGAUCUGCUUCCGUACAGAAACGAUGGACAGAUGGAACCAGAAGGAGGACAGGACCUCUGGCUCACACAGACUGACACAACCUGAUCUUUAGAAAAACCUGAGACUGAAUUUGGUGUUUGGAUCGUCUCCAGGAAUAAAGAAGUUGGGGGAGUUCACUCACGUAGCUGGACCCCGCUGAAGCCACGAUGAAUAUUUACACGUGCUUGGUGCUCAUCACGCUUAUUGGCAGAGCAUGUUCUCAGCUCGGAGCUCGUGGCCACGCUGAAGAAAGGCUUCUCCAGAACUUGUUUGCAAGUUACAACAAACUCUCCCGGCCUGUGCAAAACACCUCAGACACGGUGCUGGUCCACUUUGGACUGUCCAUCGCCCAGCUGAUCGACGUGGAUGAAAAAAACCAGAUGAUGACAACGAACGUCUGGGUCAAGCAAGAAUGGAAUGAUUACAAACUCCGCUGGAACCCAGAGGAGUAUGAAAAUGUCACCUCCAUCCGUAUCCCCUCUGAGAUCAUCUGGAGGCCGGAUAUUGUCCUCUACAACAAUGCGGAUGGCGACUUUGCAGUAACUCACCUCACGAAGGCUCAUCUGUUUUAUGAUGGACACAUAAAGUGGACCCCACCGGCCAUUUAUAAGUCUUCGUGCAGCAUAGAUGUCACGUUUUUCCCUUUUGACCAGCAGAGCUGCAAGAUGAAGUUUGGCUCGUGGACCUACGACCGUGCCAAGAUAGAUCUGAUCAGUAUGGCCAGUAAUGUGGACCAGAUGGAUUACUGGGAGAGCGGGGAGUGGGUCAUUGUUAACGCAGUGGGCAAGUACAACACUAAAAAGUACGAGUGUUGCACAGAGAUAUAUGCAGACAUCACUUACUACUUCAUCAUCCGGAGGCUUCCUUUGUUCUACACUAUCAACCUCAUCAUCCCCUGCCUGCUUAUCUCCUGUCUAACGGUUCUGGUGUUUUAUUUACCGUCGCAGUGCGGAGAGAAGAUCACUCUGUGUAUUUCGGUCUUACUGUCCCUGACAGUGUUCCUCCUGCUGAUAACAGAGAUUAUACCAUCUACUUCACUGGUGAUUCCGCUGAUUGGUGAAUACCUGCUCUUCACAAUGGUGUUUGUCACGCUUUCCAUCAUAAUUACAGUCUUUGUGUUGAAUGUACACCACAGAUCGCCAAAAACACACAGCAUGCCUCACUGGGUGCGUCGAGUGUUCCUUGACUUGGUGCCUCGAGUCCUGAUAAUGAAACGUCCACCGGGCACUGCAAAGCAGCACUGCAAGAAGCUGAUUGAGAUGAUGCACCGCCCAACCAUUUCUACAACAAGCAACUCACAGGCGUUUUGGAUAGGAUUAGACACAGGGCUUCAACAGAUGGCGCAGACAGACAACACACUAGCAAAAACUCCAUCGGAUAGUCCGGGAAUCCUUGUCUGCUCAGCCUCACCACCAUCUUCUCCUCAUGGGAACUGCAGCGAGGAUCAUCCACUGGAUGUCAACAUUUUUUGGAAAGCCACAUCUGGCCAGUAUUCAGUUCUCUCAGAGAAACACCCCCUAUGUAGACACAACUCUGCUAGCAUGUCUGCUUCACAAUUGUCCUUACCCCCAACUUUGCAACUGGGCCCAUUCCCCAACCCAUCCAGAGAAAAACCAAGCACUUUGGUCUUAAAUGGUCGUUCACUUAGUGCAGAGCAAAUGUGCAACCAACAGGAAGCUCUUCCUCAGAGAACUGAGCCUAGAUGUCGCUCCCACAGUUUUCAGUACUGCUGUCUGCAUGAUGAUGGAGUCAAGGGGACUUCCAAGAAGGUGAGGUCCAGGGAGAACUUACAGGAAACCCCACCAGCCGUGUCUACCAAAGAUGCAAGCACCCAGCUAGAUCGUCAGACCCCAACGAUUUCACCGGCUAUGCAACGAGCCAUAGAAGGAGUUCAGUACAUCGCUGAUCAUCUCAGGGCGGAGGAUGCAGACUUUUCAGUGAAGGAGGACUGGAAAUACGUGGCGAUGGUCAUUGACAGGAUUUUCCUCUGGAUGUUUGUGCUGGUGUGUAUUCUGGGAUCUGUAGGACUCUUCCUUCCUCCAUGGCUGGCUGGAAUGAUCUAGAAACUCAGCUUCAAGGAACAUGAAAACUGACAGGAAGACUGGCUGUCAGGUUGAAAAAAAAAGUUUAUUAAUAUUCCUUUUUAUUUUUUGUUCAGAGGGACUAUAAGUCACAAUCCCUGCUCUCCUCCUUUGCUAUGAAAGGUUUUCCAUGAAGGAUCAAGAUGAAACACCCAUCACUGGUCCCCACGGGCAAAUCAAUUCUUUAUAAGGGCAAAAGGCCAACAGUGAAAAUAUCCCACCACAGCGCCUCUUUUUGACACGGAGCUGUGUUUCUCAAACUGCCACUUUGUGAAAAAAAACGUGGAAAAAAAAGAGUUUGUUCAGGAAGUAAAACCAGACAGGGAUGCUAGUAAUCAGAUUACCUAGGGUUGGACUUAGUUUUGACAUUCCAGCAAUGCUGAAGUAUUUUGACAACAGCACGGCUAACAAAGAGCUGCUUUCCCAAGAAAACCAUUUGUCUGUGAGAACCUGUCAGCUUGUUUUAGUAUGAGGGAAUUGUGUUUGUGGAAAAGACAGAAGCACAAAAGAAAGUUUGUAAUUUUCCAUUUAAACAUCCCAACACAAUAAAUAAAAGGUUGUGUGACUCUUUUUCAUUUUAGGUGCAAAAUCAGUUUCAAGAAGUCACUCAUCCACCCACCCAUCCCAUCCACCCAUCCAUCCAUCCAUCCAUCCACCCACCCAUCCAUCCAUCAGAGAGCGGCAGGAUUUGGAGUCUCAUUUAUGUUUAUGUUUAAUUAUUUAGCAGACGCUUUUAUCCAAAGCGACUUACAAUUUAUAACCUAUAGGGCAUGUUGUGGUCUGUGGGGGGAACCGGAGUACCCGGAGGAAACCCACGCAUGCAUGGGGAGAACAUGCAACUCCACGCAGAAAGGCCGCAUCCGGGUUUCGAACCUGCAACCUUCGUGCUGCGAGGCAACAGUGCUAACACUGUGCCACCAUGCAGCCCAUUAUUUAGUAAUAUUUGGAUCUCACCUCUGAUUGGACUACAGAAACACGACUCUACCUCUGACUGUGCUCUGCAACGUUGAUGUUUCAUCUCCACAAAUAACACAAGCCUGCUGGAGUUCCAUUGUGUGGUGGAGUUGCUAAUGCUAACGGUUAAAUGGUAAAUUGCCUGUAUUUGUAUAGCGCUUUCUUAGGGUUCUACAACCCCCCAAGGCGCAUCACAACACAAUCAGUGACUCACCCAUUCACACGCUGGUGGAGAUGAGCUACGAUGUAGCUACAGCUGCCCUGGGGCACACUGACAGAGGUGAGGCUGCCGAGCGCUGGCCAGCAGGCAAGGAGGGUUACGUGUCUUGCCCAUGGACACAACAUCAGAAUUCUCUGGUCAGAGCCAGGAUCGAACCUGCAACCUUCUGAUUACUGGACAGCCUGCUCUACCUCCUGAGCUACUGCUGUCCCAGUUAGUUUCUAGUGGAGAUGUUCUCUGUUUCCUGGACACUAAACCAACAACAGCCUUCCCCAUCGCGAGUCAAGAUGGGUGAGUCCAUCAAUGACGUCUAUUUUCAAUCAGAAGCUAAUGCAGGAGAUGUGUAGGAGACUAUUUUCAUGUUCAGCCUGCAUGAAAAACUCAGAGUGACCGAUCAUAAUCAGAAAUAAUAAAUGCCCUUUUCCCACAAGACAAGAAUUGAAUCAUGUAAACUUUAUUAAGCUACAGGCUCAAAGCGACGACAGAACAUGGAAGGUGUUAAAAGGCAGGGUGAUGGCUGAAAAACAUCUAGUUUCACAUGUCAGUGGUUUACAUAGCUGUAAGACAGUUACCAUGGAAUCAGACGUGUGCCAGUUAUAAAAGAAACACCACUGAAUUUUAAAACCACCUAAUAAAUUCAAGCUCCAGGUAUCAUUUCUUAUUUGAAAUUCUAUCCAUGGUGACCAUAAACUUCCUGAACUGAAUUCUGGCUGAAAUUAAACACAGCAAGGGUAAAAAAUGCUUGUGUGUGCUGUUGUUAUAUAGGUGUUUGGCAGCUUUAUGGGGGAAAUCUCUGCAGAAAACUUGCUGAAGUCUUGCUUUGAGAUAACGUGGGAGGUGAGGUGUUGCAGGAAGACAGGCUAUAUGUGAGUGAGCGAAGAGGCAGCUGCCCAUGCAGGAAAAAGAGCAAUGCUCAGUCUUCUAAUAAGAUGUGGUGUUUCGUGGGUUUUUCCGUGUUUUGAACUACAGCAACAGAAUGUCAAACCACAGGGCUUGUAAAGCUUUCAAAAGUAUUUACUUAUGUGCUACAAAUGUGUCGAUAUUGAAAUUAAAAGUUGAAAAGAUCUAGGGUGUGUUCCAACUAUUGAACAAGGAGUUUUCUUUUUAACAUUCUUGGCACUGAGUUGGACUCGUUCCAAGUGUUGGUUUGGACUCGUCGAAGUUGACUCUGUUGUCUGAACCGAUCUGACGGGUUUAUGGAUUCGAUCCCAAGGUGUUCCAAAGAUGUCUGGUUUUGGGAAACCUUAUUUUGCAGAUGAUGUGGUUCUGUUGAUGCAAGACGGGCCUGACCUAAAACGUAAAGCACUUGAUUUGUAGUUCAGGCUAUGUACCAACCCCCAAGAGCAUUUCAUUGGCAGAGGUAAGUGCCCGCCCCAUAACCAGCAGGUUGCAGGUUCAAGCCUCUACUGUUGCGUCCUUGGGCAAGAUACUUAACAUGCCUUGGCUGCUGGUGGUGGCCAGAGGUACCGGUGGCGCUAGUGCUCAGCAGCCUCACCUCUGUCAGCAUGCCCCAGGGCAGCUGUGGCUACAGUGUAGUUCAUCAAUUGACCGACCUGCAGAGCAAAAUCCUUUUGGUGUUAGAGUUGGUCAAGAUUUCAAUCAGAUUUCCUGUGUUAGCUUCUGACAGAAAAUAGACAGGGAAACAAAAAAAACACUCUAAUCUACAUCACAUUGUAAAUUUACAACCAAGGACUCACCCAUCUUGGCUCAUGACGGGGAAGGCUGUUGUUGGUCCAGUGUCAACGAGACAGUGGAGAAUAUCUCAGUUAGUAGAAGCUAACUUUUAGCAUUAGCAAUUCCUUAACAUUUCAGUAUUCUGUCAGGCUUGUGUUAUUUGUGGAGAUAAAACAUCAGCGCUGCAAAGUAAGUCAAUGGUAGAGUCGCGUUGCUGUUAGCCAACCAGAGGCGAGAUGUCCAAUAUCAGGAAAUAAGACUCCAAAUCCCGUCGGUCCCUGCUCCCUUGUGCUCUGGCUAGCAGGAGUACCAGGGCUUUUUCCUCCAGAAAGGUCAUUUAUACUAGAGACCACAGCAAAUGUAUUAAAAUAAACAAGUGAAAAAACUGAACAGAGUACAGCAUGAGUACAGAAGCAGCCAAAGAUCAAAGAAAAUCUUUGUCAGACCUUCACCCUGCAGAAGAUUACUCCAAGGUCAUUUCAAAGAUUACCAGAAAAUAUGGCUCCUUGAAAGCAAGAUGUAAACUAUAGUAUAUGUAGGCUAGUCAGACUAAAGUGAGGUUUCACUUGGAGCUCAGACACCUUAACGCAGCAUCCUGUCAUAAAUGUGGCUCAGGGGGCUGGGGAGAAAGGAGCGCUGCAGCUAAUUAUCACGGGUAAAACCAUGAAGCUGGAAAGUUUGGACAGAACUGUUAUAUUUUUAUAACCGUGUCUCUUAACGCGACUGCAGCGAUUUGACCUUGUGUCUUGUUUAAAGUGAUGUGUGUGAGUUAGUGGGUCAGGUUGUUCCCCUAAGAGUUUCACAGGACAACACCUGGGUGUAAUUUAGACACGACAGCGACACACUUUCCAGUCUGUUUAAUGCAACACAGAUGAGCUUUAAUCAGCACGUCUUCUCUUUCAUCCUCAUGCACCUCGGACCCGCUGUUCCGCCUGAGUAAAACCUCAGAUUAGAACGAAAGGCAUCUAACGUUACAUGUGAAUAUCCACGGCAACGACCUCAAUUUUGACCUUAGCCACAAACUAUUGUGUUUCCGCCGGCUCAGCAUAGAAGCAGCCAUCGAUCACGGCACAGAUUUCCUGAGAGGACAAAAAGGAAAAAUUGAUCAACAUGAAAACAAGGUGAAAUUACUGCUGAACGGUUUAUUCAUUCAAUUCUGAUUUGAAUCAUUAAAAUAUAGUUGUAAAUGGAUUCACUGUAACAGCAGAUAAGGUAAAGUUGGCCUUUAGUCUUAUCUAUCAUAUUAAUUUCCAUGUUCCCCCAUUUUUAAUGCAAACACAAAGUUAUUAAUUUAGAAAUAAAUGAGAAUUUCUUUAGAUAACUACAAACUCAUUUCCAUUAAAUGAUAAGAACAGCCUUUUGUGAAGGCGUCUCAUAUACAUAAUUUCAAUAGUAAAGGUAAAUUACGAAUGACACCAGAUGGCGAAGCUCCAUAAUGUGUUGGUGUCCCUCUAGAUAGAAAAAGAAAAUGUCACACAAGGUCACAGAGUUAUUAAUUACAGCUAAAUGUCAUGUUAAUACAUUUACCAGCACAAGAAUUCACUUUAGU